AUGGCCGAAAUGGACACAGACUGUGUAGCCGGAGUACACGACUCAAGCUUUGAUUUCAUAAUCAUCGGUGGCGGGACAUCAGGCUUGGUGGUUGCCAAUCGACUAACUGAAGACCCCAAUGUGCGAGUGCUCGUUCUAGAAGCAGGGACGAACCGAUUAAACGACCCGCGCAUCACAAUUCCUGGGCUCGCGCCGACGACCUUCGAAGACCCCGAUUUCGACUGGAAUUUCCGAUCGACCCCCCAGGAACAACUCAAUGGACGACAACUGCUUGGAAAUAAGGGACGGACCCUGGGCGGGUCAUCAACGAUUAACCUGGGGAUGGUCGUAUACCCAUCCCGCACCGGGAUGAAUGGCUGGGAGGCACUAGGCAACCCAGGCUGGGGGUGGGAGGGGUUCGAGCAAUACGUACGGAAGUUCCACACUGGUACUCCGCCCGCGGACUCAGUACGGUCCUUCUUCGCGGGCAUGAAGUCGGAGAAAGAAGAUCAGGGCGCCAGUGGGCCUGUCCAGGUGUCGUUUGGCGACCAGUAUAUGCCAUAUCAUGGAGCUUGGCUGCGAGCGUUUGAGAACCUGGGCUGGCCGCAGACGGAAGAUCCUAUUAAGGGUGCGGGUGUUGGGCCGUUUGUGACGCCUGGAGCUAUUGAUCCUGCUACGCGUACCCGGAGUCAUGCUGCUGCUGCUUAUCUGACGGCAGAGGUUACAAAGCGUGCGAACCUACGUAUUGUGACCGGUGCUCGAGUUGAGAAGAUCAUCUUCGACGCCUCUGAUGCAGGGUCUCCGGUUACAGUCACAGCGAGAGGCAUGAGGUUCACCAAAGAUGGUCAGACAUACACAGCGUCCGCGAGUCGAGAUGUGAUUCUGGCAGCCGGCACUACGCAAACUCCGCAGCUUCUCGAGCUAUCUGGCAUCGGGAAUGCGUCGCUUCUCCGCUCGCAUGGAAUCCAGCCACUCGUAGAUCUCUCUGGGGUUGGCGAGAAUCUCCAGGACCAUGGUAUCGUCUCCUUUGGGUACGAGGUUGCAGAUGGCAUGCCGUCUGGCGAUAUGGCGCGGGACCCAGCAGUUGCCGCCGCGGCGAUGGCUGCAUACCAGAAAGACGGGUCCGGGCCACUGGGCAUGGUUCCUCUUGUUUCUGCGUUCAUGCCGUGCGUGAACUUCCCAGGGAACGAGCGGGAGCAUUUACUGCAGAAGAUCGACUCGUCGUUGGACGACCCAAAGCUUCCGGUCACGUACCGAAAGCAGUACAGCAUCCUGCGAGAGAUGCUCAAAGACCCGAACGAGCCCACGGCCCAGUACAUCCUCGCCCCGUUCCAGCUACUCCCUCGUGCAGGCCCUGAUGCAAAGGAUAUCUUCGGAAUGAGCCACCCCGGAAACUUCAUCAGCAUCGUUUCACUCCUAAGUCACCCACUCUCACGAGGCUCCGUGCAUCUCUCGUCUGCAGAUCCAGCAGCCGCCCCAGUCAUUGACUCCGCAAUACUCCGCCACCCCGUUGACCUGGAGCUGCAAGCACGCCACAGCAUAUGGAUGGAGAAAAUCCCAGAAACAGAGGCGAUGGCGCCGCUCCUGAAGCCCGGUGGCCAACGCCUGCAUACACCUGGUAAAGUAGCGGAACUACAGAAGGCGCAGGACCUUUGCAAGGAGCUCGUCCUUUCCAUGUAUCAUGUCAGUGGAACGUGCGCAAUGAUGCCGCGAGAGGAUGGGGGUGUCGUAGACCCGCGACUGAAGGUAUAUGGGACGAGCAAUGUUCGUGUUGUUGAUGCGAGUUUAUUUCCACUGGUCCCGAGGGGAAAUAUCCAGGCCACAGUGUUUGCGGUGGCGGAAAAGGCGGCGGAUAUCAUCAAAGAGGAUCUAGCGCGAUCUUAG